CUGCUUUGCUUUGCUUGUAAACGAGAGCCGUUCCCCUUCCUGCACCGAGUCAAGCUUGAUUAUCGUCUUUUUCUGCACAUUUAGACGCGUGUUUAGACGCUUUGACCAUUAAAUAGCCAAUAGGCGCAAAGUGUAAAGAAAUAGUCCCAGUCUGAGCAUAUAUUUCCUUCACGCUGCACGUUAGCCACCUGGCUGCUAAGCUAGCUGCAGACUAGUUUGGCUGUGAUGUCUGACUUCAGCUGCAGGAGCAUGUCGUCUGAACAGCUGGGGGUCCGAGGCGGCGCUGCAGGAAAAGCGGCGUCAUCUUCGGUGGUGACAGGAAACGGAAACUGGGAAAACGCAGGUGGGAUGGACCAGAUAACGGUGGUGAGAAUAGACGACAGCCACAUCGCCACGGAGCAGUGUCAGGUGGGGGGGAAGCAGAAAGACGAGGGGGCGGCGUAUUACGAGAUGGAGUACCAGCUGCCGACGGCGGAGGAGGCCAUGGCGGAGGACGAAGAGGAAGACGGCGUCUACGUCAUCGAGUAUUCAAACCCUGAAGAGGAAGGGGAGAGUUACCAGUUCACGAUGUCCGUGGAUCGGUCGCUUCCGCCCAAAAAGCCGAUUAUCAGACAUCCUGCGGAGAGCGAGGUCGAGGUGACGUCAAAGCCGUCCGUUCGACCGACGAGGCAAAGACCCGAGGUGAGGCCGAAGAGGAAGGCGACGAUGACGACGGAGGAGGAGGCGGAGGUUAAAAAGGAGGAGGAGGAGGCGGUGAGCUUUAACAGCAACAAGAGCGUGUUAGAGCUCGGCGAGGAGUACAGCGAGGUCAUGGGGUUGAACUCGGGCUCCGAUAAGAGACAGCUGAUCUGCGCGCAGUGCCCGCCGCCCGGCCGCUCCUUCAAGCGAGCGUCGGGCCUGGCGGUGCAUCUCAAACUGAUGCACAACAUGGAGGGCAAGAAGACGUUCUUCUGCACCUCCUGCCAGCAGACAGUCCGCACGCAGCUGGAGCUGGACGUCCACACGCGUCGCCAUGCCAACCAGGACGCCGUGUUCACCUGCUUCCUCUGCCCAGCCCAGUCUGACAGCAAGGAGGAGGAGCAGGAGGAAGGAGGAGGAGGAGGAGGGAAGGUGGGGUACAAAGGGUCGAGGUGGGGCCUGAGGAGACACCUGGAGGCGGAGCACCCGGGCGUCAUCCCCCGCUGCGACAUCUGCAACAAAGGCUUCAAGUCGCUGGUGUCGUACCUGUCGGAUCAGUUCAGGCAUGUCGGGGUUUCACCGUACUACUGCGCCAGGUGUAAGAUAUACGAGAUGACGGAGAGGGGUCUGAGCGUCCACCUAAAAAACCACGACAAGAAGCAGAAGAUGCUGGAGUCGGCGGAGAAGCAGCCGCUGACUCACGGUGUUUCAACCAGCGCGGACAACUCUGCCACGGACGACUCGGACUUCUAACUGAAGCUCAGCGACCUCUGACUGAACUGAUCUUUACAGAAGAACUCAGCUUUUAUCCAGCAGGAAAUCACUGCUUUUAUUUUCACAUUUGCAUUAAGAUGUUUUUUUCUUCAUUCUGACGUCAUGUGUAGAAAAACAGUUUUUUGGUAUCAAUGAGAAUCGAAGGAGAAUUUGAUGUUUUUGGUCACAACCUGGGUCUUAUUUUUGUCAUUUUUACUCUCAUGUCAGUUUGAUGUGUUUAACUUUUUCUCACCGGCUUCAUUUUAAAGGAAUAUUUUUGUAAAUAUUUUCUAGCUAAAGAUGGUUUUCACUGCUGCAUCUGUACAAUAAAAGGCCGCCCACACUAUGAACGAUAACGUCCUGUAAACACCUGCUGGUUCCAGCUGUGUCUGCAGGUAAUGAAAAUAGAUACUGAUGAGCUGUUACUGCUGUAUGUUAUACAGAGAAAUAAAAAGAUAGGUGAUGAUUCAGUGUGUUUAUCAGAAGUAUGUCAGACACUAGUUGCUGUGAUGUUUCAGUAUUUACAGUAUAAACACAGAUCUGAAGCCUUAAAGUUCCAUUAACUUUGUUUUUACUACAUUAUAAUAGAAAACAAAGCUCCAGCAUCUUUGUAUAAUAAACACGACAAACCUCUCUUAAAGUAAUUCUGCUCCAAUCUGUGCUGAGAGAGGAGCAAAGCCGCAUUAAAAUAAAUAAAUAUAGAUAAAUAAAGUCACAAUUAAGAUGAUAUUUGCAGGUUUUGAAGUUUUACUGUAAAUGUCAGGCUGCUGUAUGGUUUAUAGGAAGGAUUCUGAUUGGCUGUCAGGCUGCUAUGUGGUUUAUAGGAAGGAUUCUGAUUGGCUGUCGAUGUCGUUAUAGUUGUGUUGAUUCCUCCAUCCACUGCAGUUACAACCAUUUUUAAAACUAUAUAGUUAUACUUAUCGUUCUUGGUGUGGACGAGCCUUAAAUAUGAAGCUGGAGCUAGUUAGCUUAGCAUAAAGACUGGAAACAUAUGGAAACAGUUAGCCUGGGCCUGACCACUGGCUCCAGCUUCAUAUUUACUGAGAGGAGCAUCGAUCUUCUUAUCUAACUCCACCAGACAGUCAACAGGUUUAUUUCUCACAUGUCAACAAAUGUGCAGAAUGAGGUCGUUUUUCAUUUCUUUCAUUUUGACUCAUUUCACAAAUCCUAAACAGUUCCAGACUUUGUGACUCAUGUAUGAAUCAUGCAAAACUCACUUUAAAAAUAACUAUCAGAUAUUUAUUUGUGUGCAAAGGAGCCACUAAAAAAACAUACUCAGACUCAUUUAAUUAAAUCCAGUUUAACCAAAACACUUUAAAACCAGAAAAGUUCGAGUUCAACAUGUUGAUCAUGUAGUGGUUAGUUAAAAUAUUAAAAUAACUGGUUGAGAUGAAGCCAAAAACAAUGCUGCAAUCAUUAUUUUAAUUAUCAGUUAUCUUGUUGAUGAAACUUUUAGUCUAUGAACUGUUAGAAAAAGUGAAAAAUGACAAUUUCUUGUGAUGUUUUUUAAAUGUAGAGCUGCAACUAAAGAUUAUUUUCAUGAUCAAUAAGAUUAUUAUAUAUAGAAAAUGAUUAUUUUUCAGCAGAGAUAAACUUUUAAGAUAUUAAGUUUAUUGUCAUGUGUUACAGAGAAAAGCAUUUUAGAAGCUGAAACCAGCAGAUGUUUUGCCAUAGUGUUAAAAAAUGAGAGUAAAUUGAUCAUUUUAAUAGUUUAAUUUUCUAUUGAUUGACUUGUAAUAUCUUGUUUUUUGUACAACCAACAGUUUAAAACCCAAAGAAAUUUAGAUAGCAGAGUAUUUUUGCUGUUUUUGUUUGAAAAGUGACAGAAAUGAUGAAUUAUAUCUAUAAAUAUCAUCAUGUCAUCAUUAAACAUGUGACUGUAAAUGAGACCCAGGUUGUAGAAGUUUAAUAAUGUGUUAAACAUCCAGUCCUGACAGUGUUAGUGCUGUAUUUGUGUUAUCAGUGCAUGUGUGUGUA